GCUAACCAAGUGUGAAAGAAGUAAAAAUAAAGGCAGUUCUAUAUUUGCGCAAUGAUUAUGGUAUUGUUGGUUUUGGCGAACAUCAUUCUGUUCUUUUGUGACUUUGUUUCUUGGAUAUAUAUCUUAUUUACACAGGAACGUAAAAUGCAAGUGGCUUGUUUGUUAGUGCUGGUAGUGCAGGCUGCAUCCGUUAUUUCGGGACAAUUGGGUGGCACGUAUUAUCAAGUAGAAGUACACGGUAAUACCAUCCAGUGUAAAAAGUGUUCACCUGGCACUUUCUGGACUGGAAAACAUUGCAGCCACGACGGCGGCCAGGCAAUAUGUCAGGAUUGUCAACAAGGAACAUUUUCAGAGGACUACAGUAUAGAAUAUUUUUGUAGACGGUGCAAAAAAUGCGUUGAAUUACAUGAAGUUGUGGUGGAGGCGUGUACGCAGAAUCACGACACGAAAUGUGGGUGUAAAUCUGGGUACAGGAGAACAGAAGGAAAGGCCGGGGAUUGCCGAGAAUUAUGUAAGCCUGGAUAUGGGGUCAUAAAAGCAGACAGUUACGCCAAUACAACAUGCGAGAGAUGUGGAAAUGGGAAGACCUUCUCAAACAUCACUUCCCAGGUGACGCCGUGCCAGAAAUGUUCAGUUUGCCCCGAGGGAUUGUUGCAGAAAAAUGCAUGUAAUGAAACUGAAGACACUCUGUGCGUUCCUAAAGAUGAAGUCGAGGAAGACAGUGUUGGUGUUAUUUUGGGAGUAGCCUGUGGCGUAAUACUUACGAUAGUUACGAUUGGUAUCAUUACCUUUUGCUGUUGGAAAAAAAGGAAUGAGUUUCUUCAAAAGUUGCAUACCAGAUGGCGUAAAGAAAAGUUGGAUGAAGAAAAACAAGCCAACCAACAACAGCCAUUCAUGGCGCCUCAAUAAAAAUCAUAUCAAGACAGGAGUUAAUGAACUCAUUACGUCAUAGAACAGACAUGUUUUAGUGAACAAACAGUCAUUUAUAAGUGCUCAAAAUAUGUCAUCCUGAAAUUUGGAAGUUCCGAAGCACAGCCUCUUAAAGAAAUCCACAGUAACAUAUCAGCAAAUACAAGUUUCAGGGGAUUACAGACUUUGCGCACAUAUAUACUUGUCAGUAAAUUAAAACUCUAAAAUGAUGUUCAGUAGAUGAUGCAAGUAUUUGAACUCUAGAUCUUUUUGAGCCUUUCCGACCAAUUCAAACCUUCUGACAGCCACUGUCAUCUCCAUUUGUUUUAAGCAGUGUGUUUAAGUUAGUAUUGUAACAUGCGGAUAGAAACUUCAUUGUUGAACUUUUGUUCACAGUUUUCUCUUUACAAAUUUCCCACCUAUGCAAGGGGUGGCACUAAAACUAAGUACCCAGUAUGGAUAUUAGGAAAAGCCAUAUCUAGUUUUAGCUCGACUAUUCGAAGAAUAAGGAGAGUUAUACUACUUACCCUGGCGUCGGCGUCGGCGGCGGCGUCACACCUUGGUUAAGGUUUUGCAUGUAAGCACCUUUAAGUCAUUAUCUCAGUAAAUACAUCAGUUAUUGCAUUGAAACUUUGGAUAUGUAUUCCUAACUAUCUUACAUACUAAAUUAAUAAAGUUAGAUAACACUUAUUUAAAUAUAAUGCAAAUAAUAGGCCUUUAUUAUUCGACUUAAAAAUUCUGGUUAGGUUUUGCGUGUAAGCACACAUAGGUUAAUAUCUCAGCAACUACUUGAGGUAUUGCAUUGAGACUUUAUACAAUGGUACUCAACCAUCCAAUCUACUUAAAUAACCAAGUAAGAUAACUCCAGUUUGCAUUAAAUUAAAAAUAAUGGCCCCUUUUUUAUUCGACAUAGAAAUUCUGGUUAAGGUUUUGCAUGUAACCACUUUUAAGUCAAUACCUCAGCGAAUACAUCAUGUAUUGCAUUGAAACUUUACACACAGGCUCCCAUCUAUUUUACCUUCUAAUUAAUCAAGUAAGAUAACUCUAUCUUUUUUAUAAUAUAUAAUUUUGGCCCUUUAUUAUGCGACUUAGAAAUUCUGGUUAAGGUCUUGCAUGUUAGCACACAUUGGAUAAUAUAUCAGCAACUACUUGAUGUAUUGCAUUGAGACUUUAUACAAUGGUAUUCAACCACCCAACUUAAUUGAAUAACCAAGUUAGAUAACUGUAUUUUGCAAAUAAUGGCCCUUUAUUAUUAGACUCACAAAUUAUCGUUAAAAAUUUUCAUGGAACCACAUUUAUUUUUAAUAUUUCAAAACACCAUGUAUUGCAUUGAAAUCUAAUCUAACAGUGAUCCAUGCAUGUUUCGCCAAAACUUUUCAAUCCUUACAUUGACAAGCGGCGGAAUAGUCGAGCGCGCUGUCUCUGUGACAGCUCUUGUUAGACUUAUUUUGGAACCAAAAAUAGUUUUAUUUUUGUUAAUAUAUAAAAAAUAUUUCAAAAUGAUUAAAAAACGUUUGCUUGUUGCUUUCAGAAGCAAACGAUAUUUUGAAUGAGUGUAUCUGAUUUGCCAUGAAAAGCUAUUUUUAAAGCAGAUGGACAUGAGAAAAUACGAAAAUUAAUACGAUGUAAGAAGCAAUAUUGUAUUGUAACUUAUAUUUUCUUGUUUAUUCUUAAACGUUAUCGUAUGUGAAAAUGUUAACUAUAGAAAUACGAUGUAUUGUGAUGUCCAUAACAUUUUAUACUAAACCAUUAUUUAUUCUAAGCCUAUCCGUUUUGUAGCAAGCAUCUUAGAGUCAUUUCAAUGGGCUUUCUCUCAUCUAACCUUCUGGCCCCAUUUUCUCGAAACUUCUUAAGCUGAACAGGCUUAAGUCGCUUAUUUCAAAUAGCCAAAAUACAUAUUGAUAAUUGAUUUUGAUAAUUGAAAAAUGGUUUAUUCAUAUAAUCAAACAGAUUAUUCCUACAUAAUUUCUAAAAAAAUCUUGAAGAAGUAAAUAUAACACAUUUUAUAGAACAACGAAAAUAGUGUGAUUAGCUUAAUCCUUGUAAUAAGGGACUUAAGAAGUUUCAAAAAUUGGGGCCAGGACUGCAGUUUCUGUCGGUAUUAGCUUACAAAAACACAACGUUCUUAUCAAUGCGAUAUUUAUUUAUGAAGUACGCCUCACUUGUACGUAACUGGCCCAUUAGUUAAAUCUGUUCUUAUAUAUAACAAUACAGUCGAAACCCGUUGGCUAUAUAUAUUAUGGCUCGAUAUCCUCAUUGGCUCAAACCAGAUUAAAAGGACCGAUAUUUUUUACUCUUUGUUUAUAUAAAAUUUGAUCGGAUGGCUCGAUAUCUUGAGGGUCGAUAUUUCUCCACGCUCGAAGUCAUUUUCGCGGUCCCAAUUAAAAAUUUCAUACUGUGUUUUGUUUGCUUGGGUCGAUGUCAUUUUCGCGGGUUCAGUAAAGAAUCCCACACCUUGAUUUGGUUUGCUUCAUUUAGCACAAGGCGCUAAUCGAUUAAAAUUGCUUGACUGGUUAUCAAAGUAUUAUCAAAUUUAAAUUGUUUUACAGUUUGAAUAAAUAUGCCAUGACUUUGUUCUGUCUUUUAUUGUUAUCCAUCUAUAGAUUUCUUUGCAUUUUGAUAUUAUCUUAUCUUAUCUUAUCUUAUAAGCUAUGUUUGUGUUACCCACUGAUUAAAAUUGUUUGUAUGUUCUUUUUGCAUAAAUUUAUUUUCAUAUUUCUGUAAGGAAUCCCGCUUGCCUCGACAUUCUCGAGGCUCGAAGUAUUUUGGCCGGUCCCUAGAAUAUAGAACCAUCGAGUUUCGACUGUAUUCAAACCAGAUAUUUUCGUCAUGCAUGUUAUCUACAAACUAAAGUUAUUAUUGUGUAUGGUUAACUUAAAUUGAUCUAGUUCAUUUCAUUUUGUGUUUGUAUAUAAAUGACUUGUUCUUUGUCUUUAAUUUUGUAUAAUUUAGAUAGCAAUUGCAUUUCCUAUGAAAUAAAAUUUUGACUUGA